AUGGCAUAUGCCGAUCUACCCGACCACAUCCUUUCCCAGGAGCAAUGCCCCGAGCACCCUUUUCCUCUGCUGCUGCCCCGUGUCGUCCAAGGGUACAACCUGAUAGAGAAAGUCUGGAUCGAUCUCGAGGUCGAACACAUCAGUGACGUGCGGUGGAACACUCAGGCCUUCGAGAAUCUGGUCACCGAGGAGCAGACGAAGGAUCUCCUCGAGGCUCUUGUGAGGAACCAGCUGAGCAUCGAAACAAGCACGGACCUGAUAUCCGGCAAGGGCAACGGGCUGAUCAUCCUUCUCCACGGCGGACCGGGCACGGGGAAGACCUACACUGCGGAGAGUGUGGCCGACUAUGCGCGGAAGCCCCUCUACCGGGUUACCUGCGGCGACAUUGGCACGCGGCCGGCCGACGUGGAAAAGUACCUGGAGACGGUGCUGCGGCUGGGCCGCAUCUGGGGCUGCGUAGUUCUCCUGGACGAGGCCGACAUAUUCCUCGAGGAGCGGACGUUGGCCGACCUCGAGCGCAACGCCCUUGUUUCCGUCUUCCUCCGCGUCCUCGAAUACUACAACGGCAUCCUGAUCCUGACCUCCAACCGAGUCGGCCACUUUGACGAAGCAUUCCGCUCGCGCAUUCAGCUAGCCCUCCAUUACGAGAGUCUGGGGCCUGAUCAACGCCAUCAGAUCUGGUCCAACUUUAUCAAACACCUGCGCGCGUCAGAGGCCUGCAGCAUGGACUUCGACGACCUGGUUCUGCACAUCAAUGACUUGAGCAUGUACGAGAUGAAUGGGCGACAGAUCCGUAAUGCGAUCACAACCGCUCGGCAGCUCGCAGAGUUCAAGAACAAGAGAUUGAAUUAUGAGAUCAUAAAGAAGGUGAUCACGGUGACUGGACGAUUCGACCGGUACCUUCAGGGAGUUAAACAGUUGGAGUCUGUGAAGGAAGGGACUGUGGAUGACACACUGGCGAGAGAAGCGGGCACGAGGUGA